AUGCAGGCCAAGAAGCGGUACCUGCUUGUGUCUGUGGGGGCCGGUCUUCUCUUCCUCGUCUACCAGUGGGGUCUGCAAAUCGGGGAGUUCCAGCAGCAGCCGUACCAGUACCGCCAGUUACCCCAGGACCCGCAGUACCACCAGUAUCAGCAGGAGUACUUCCAGCAGAGCCAGGACGUGUACCAGCCCCAGAGGAGUCCGUCCCGACCCCCCAGGCACUGGCCGGAGUCGACGGAGCUGCUGGGACCGUACCUGGAAGGGGGAGAGCAGGAGGAGGACAGUCCUCAGCUCCACCACCAGCACACCUCCCCCCGGGAGCGACGGGCCAUCCGAGACAACAUCUACAAGAACAAGCGCUGCCGCAUGGAGACCUGCUUCGACUUCGCCCGCUGCCAGUCGGGCUUCAGGGUCUACGUCUACCCUCCGCAGAGAGGAGACGAGAUCUCCGAGACCUACCAGAAGAUCCUGGCGUCCGUGGAAGAGUCCCGCUUCCACACCAAGGACCCCUCGCGGGCCUGUCUCUUCAUUCUGGCCGUGGACACGCUGGACAGGGACCAGCUCUCUGCCCAGUUCGUGCAGAACGUCAGGUCCCGGAUCCAGAGCUUGCCCACGUGGAACGAUGGCAGGAACCACCUCAUCUUCAACCUCUACUCUGGCACCUGGCCGGACUACUCAGAGGAUCUGGGUUUCGAGGUGGGCCAGGCCAUGUUGGCCAAGGCCAGCGCUGACGUGGUCAACUUCCGGCCAAACUUUGAUAUCUCCAUCCCUCUGUUCUCCAAGGAUCACCCUCUGAAAGGAGGGGGCAUAGGUUAUCUGACUCUCAGCGAAGCGCCGCCCUCCAGGAAGUACCUGCUGGUUUUCAAGGGGAAGCGGUACCUCACUGGCAUCGGGUCUGAGACCAGGAACGCUCUGUAUCACAUCCACAACGCGGAAGAUAUUAUCCUGCUGACCACGUGCAAACACGGCAAAGACUGGGAGAAGCACAAGGACUCUCGCUGUGACCGAGAUAAUGAAGAAUACUCAAAGUUCGACUACCAGGAGCUGCUCCAUAACUCCAGCUUCUGCCUGGUGCCUCGGGGCCGGCGCCUGGGAUCCUUUCGCUUCCUGGAGGCUCUGCAGGCGGCCUGCAUCCCGGUGAUCCUGAGUAACGGCUGGGAGCUGCCCUUCUCUGAAGUGAUCGACUGGAGGAAAGCCGCUGUACUGGGAGAUGAGAGGCUCCUCCUACAGGUUCCCUCCAUCACUCGGUCCGUGGGCCGUGACAGGAUCCUGGCUCUCCGUCAGCAGACCCAGUUCCUCUGGGACGCCUACUUCUCCUCUGUGGCUAAAAUCGUCUCAACUACUCUGGAGAUCAUCCAGGACCGCGUGGUCUCCCACGUGUCUAGAAACCAGUUGCUGUGGAAUUCCCUCCCCGGUGGUCUCUAUGCACUGCCCCAGUACUCAACAGACCCUGCCCAGUUCCCUUUUUACUAUGCCAUCCUGGGUAAGAGCCCGCAGCAGCAGUUCACAGCUGUGAUCCACUCUGUGACUCCUCUGCAGUCCCAGAUCUCCCCUGUGGUGAAGCUCAUCAUCGCUGUAGCCAAGUCCAAGUUCUGUGCACAGAUUGUGCUUCUGUGGAACUGUGACAAGCCUUUACCUCCUCGGAACAAGUGGCCCUCCACCAGCGUGCCUCUCACUGUCAUAGAAGGGCAGACCAAGACGAUGAGCAGUCGAUUCUUCCCUCACGACGUCAUCAUCACGGAUGCUGUCCUCAGCCUGGACGAGGACUCGGUCCUCUCAACCAAUGAGGUGGAUUUUGCCUUUAUCGUGUGGCAAAGUUUCCCGGAGCGAAUCGUGGGUUAUCCGGCGAGGAGCCACUACUGGGACGGCUCCAGGUCCCGCUGGGGCUACACCUCCAAGUGGACCAACGACUACUCCAUGGUGCUCACAGGAGCGGCUUUCUUCCACCGAUAUUACCAGUACCUGUUCACCCACCACGUCCCGGCCGGCCUGCUGACCAUGGUGGACCGCAUGGCGAACUGCGAGGACAUCCUGAUGAACUUCCUGGUGUCGGCCGUCACCAAGCAGCCGCCAAUCAAAGUCACGCAGAAGAAGCAGUACAAGGAAACCAUGAUGUCACAGGGCUCCAAGGCGUCUCGCUGGGCCGACCCCGACCACUUCGCCCAGCGGCAGACCUGCAUGAACGCCUUCAGCCAGUGGCUGGGCUUCAUGCCCCUGGUGCACUCCCAGAUGAGGCUGGACCCCGUGCUGUUCAGGGACCAGGUUUCCAUCCUGAGGAAGAAAUACAGAGACAUCGAGAGGCUGUGAGCGCACGAGGACACAAAUCACUGACGGACACUUGUGUGUGUUCUCAUGUCGCAUCUGAACAAACUCACACGUGCACUGGACAUAAAUAUGAAGAAGCACAGACGCAAGCAGAACCCAUCUAACUGUGCGUUUCUAAGUGGAGAAAAUAUAAGGUGGACGUGUGGUGUCAGCCACCUGUGAACAAUACACAUAAUUCUGACUGCAUGGAUACACAUGCAGCAAAGACCUUGAAGGCAGUCGUGACCACAGACGAGUACGUGUUGCAUGGUUUGAAAAAGACAGGACCUGAAAAUAUCAUGUCAUGUUUUAAUAUUUUUUAAAAGAGAUGUUUAUUGUGGAUAUUCACCAGAACAGAUGAGGGUUCAAUAGAGAGAGACGUUAUAGGUUUUAUUCAUGAAGUCAAAAGAAGCACUGUUUGGGUUGUGUGUGUACAUUGAGGACAUUUUACGGACUAAAGGGACAAACUGUUGCUUCAAAAAAAAAACACCCGGAGACAACGUCCCGCUUGUAUUCUACUGUAGAUUCUCAGCAGA